AUGACACAAGAGACAGUGUAUGGGGUUGCAUUCAGAUCUGUCGCCACGGCAGACGAAUCAGCCUACAAGGACAUGAUACACUUUUACCAUAAACUCGGGUUUUCGAGCGUGAAAACUUACGACAAGUUCAGAAGUAACAACAAAGAUUUCCAUACUUCUGGAACUGCACAGGAUUCUAUUAAAGAGACAUGGCUAGAAAGUUUUAAAUUGAGUGAAGUGGAUGCUGAUGGAUUCCGUAUUCCUCAACAACAAGCUACUAACCACGAACAAAGUGAGGGUGCCUUGUUGAAGAUCAGAUUGGUCGCUAAGCAGCCAGCUAAAGCCGAAGGCACUCAAAUUACUUACUUCUCUACCGAGGUCGAUGAAGUUUUGAAGGAGUUUCCUAAUGCUAAGACGGUAAAUGAUGGCUUGGUAUCUUUGGAAGACCCAUUAGGUAACGUAAUUCUUUUCUCCAAAUUCGCUCAUGGUGGUGAGAAAGAGACUGUCUCCAAGGACUUUUUCUUGGAUCACGUAGAUGUCACUGCCACUGCCGAUUCGACUCCCUCUUCAGCAGGUUCUGUUCCUACCGGUGGUGCCAUUAAGAAGAAGAUCGCUGUUAUGACUUCCGGUGGUGACUCUCCAGGUAUGAACUCUGCUGUACGUGCUGUAGUGCGUGCGGGUAUUUAUUACGGUUGUGAUGUUUACGCUGUCUACGAAGGUUACGAAGGUUUGUUGAAGGGUGGUGAUCUACUUAAGAAGAUGGAAUGGCAAGAUGUUAGAGGUUGGUUAAGUGAAGGUGGUACUUUGAUCGGUACUGCUCGUUGUAUGGAAUUCAGAGAACGUUGGGGCCGUAAGCAAGCUGCCGGUAACUUGAUCAGAGAAGGUAUCGAUGCUUUGGUUGUCUGUGGUGGUGACGGUUCUUUGACAGGUGCCGAUCUUUUCAGAUCUGAAUGGCCUUCUUUGGUGAAGGAAUUGGUCGAGGAUGGAACUUUCACUGAAGAACAAGUUGAGCCAUACAAGAACUUGACGAUCGUUGGUCUUGUGGGUUCGAUUGAUAACGAUAUGUCUGGUACUGACUCUACAAUUGGUGCUUAUUCUGCCCUAGAGAGAAUCUGUGAAAUGGUCGACUACAUUGAUGCUACCGCCAAAUCCCAUUCCAGAGCUUUCGUUGUCGAGGUUAUGGGUAGACAUUGUGGUUGGUUGGCUUUGAUGGCUGGUAUCGCCACAGCUGCUGAUUACAUUUUCAUUCCAGAGAGAGCCGCUCCAUCUGGUGAAUGGCAAAAAGAACUACAAAGGGUUUGUCAGGCUCAUAGAGAGAAGGGACGUAGAAACAAUACCGUUAUUGUUGCUGAAGGUGCCUUAGACGAUAAGCUAAAUCCAAUCACUUCUGAACAAGUUAAAGAUGCUUUGAUUGAGCUAGGUUUGGACACUAAGAUUACAACUUUGGGUCACGUUCAAAGAGGUGGUACUGCCGUUGCUCACGAUAGAUGGUUGGCCACUUUGCAAGGUGUUGAUGCUGUGAAGGCCGUUUUGGAAAUGACUCCUGACACCCCAUCUCCAUUGAUUGGUAUUCUAGAGAACAAAAUCAUCAGAAUGCCUCUAAUGGAAUCCGUUAAGCUAACCAAGUCGGUUGCUGAUGCGAUUGAACACAAAGAUUUUGAUAAAGCUAUUUCUUUACGUGACAGUGAAUUCAUUGAGCUAUACGAAAACUUCAUUUCUACUACUGUCAAGGACGACGGUUCUGAAAGAUUGCCUGAGGACGAAAGAUUAAACGUGGCCAUUGUUCACGUUGGUGCCCCAUCUGCUGCCUUGAACGCUGCCACUCGUGCUGCCACUCUGUACUGUUUGUCUCGUGGGCACAAGCCAUACGCCAUCUUGAAUGGUUUCAGCGGGUUGAUCCAAACUGGUGAAGUUAAGGAAUUGUCUUGGAUCGAUGUUGAAAACUGGCACAACCUAGGUGGUUCUGAAAUCGGUACUAAUAGAUCGGUUGCUAGUGAAGAUAUGGGUACAAUUGCAUACCAUUUCCAAAAGAACAAAUUCGAUGGUGUCAUCAUCUUGGGUGGGUUCGAAGGUUUCAAGUCUCUUAAGGAGUUGCGUGAUGCUCGUGCUCAAUAUCCUAUCUUCAACAUUCCAAUGGUUUUGAUCCCCUCAACCGUUUCCAACAACGUUCCAGGUACAGAAUACUCUUUGGGUGUUGAUACUUGUUUGAACGCUUUGGUCAACUACACAGACGCAAUUAAGCAAUCUGCUUCAGCUUCGAGAAGAAGAGUGUUCGUCGUUGAAGUCCAAGGUGGCCACUCCGGUUACAUUGCAUCUUUCACUGGUCUAGUUACUGGUGCUGUUUCUGUCUACACUCCUGAAGAUCAAAUAGACUUGAAGAGUAUCAGAGAGGAUUUGGCUUUGUUGAAGGAGAAUUUCCGUCAUGACAAGGGUGAAAACCGUAACGGUAAGAUUGUCAUCAGAAAUGAGCAAGCUUCUUCCAUCUACACCACUGAAUUGAUCGCUGAUAUCAUCGCUGAAAACUCUAAAAACAAGUUUGGCGUAAGGACUGCAAUUCCAGGUCACGUUCAACAAGGUGGUGUUCCUUCUUCUAAGGAUCGUGUUACUGCAUCCAGAUACGCUGUGAAGUGUGUUAAGUUCUUAGAGGCCUGGAACAAGAAGAAUGUUGAUGAGACUAACGAAGACUUCAAGAUCUUGAGAUUCAAGUACGUCAACGGAUCCAAGGUUUACACUGUCCAUGAUGAGGAUUCUUCUGCUGCAGUCAUUGCAGUUAAUGGUUCUCACAUCUCAUUCAAGCCUAUCGCACGUUUGUGGAAGGACGAAACCAAUGUGGAAUUGAGAAAGGGUAAUGAGAUCCACUGGCAAGAGUUUAACAAGAUCGGUGAUAUUCUUUCCGGCAGAUGCAACCUAAGAAAGGAGGUUGAAGCAUCCUCUAAGAGCGCUUAA